ACCUUCCCAUUUCUUAAGCCUUCGACACACAAAAAAAAAAACAAGAGGAAAUGGACAUGAAUGUAAUUUCAUCUCCAAAUAGUGAAAAAAAGGGUGGUUGUACGACUAAUUGUACCCUAGCCAACAAAUAUCUAACGUCGUUACCUAAGAAAUUAAAGGACAAUGUUGUCAAUUUUGCCCUUGAGACGAAAAAGUUAGGACAAGAAGAUCCUAGAAGGAUUUUCCAUGCCUUGAAAGUUGGGUUUGCUAUCACGGUUGUUUCUUUGUUCUAUUACUUCCAAGCUCUCUAUAAUGGUUUCGGUGUUUCCGCUAUGUGGGCUGUUAUUACUGUUGUCGUUGUUUUCGAGUAUACUGUAGGAGCAACCUUGGGGAAAGGUUUAAACAGGAUGAUAUCGACUUGCAUAGCAGGGUUUUUAGGGGUGGUAGCCCAUUACUUGGCUGAUCUUUCGGGUGAUACAGGGGAGCCUAUUUUACUUGCUCUCUUUGGCUUCAUUGUAGCAUCAACGAUGACAUUCAUGAGAUUCUUUCCAAAGUUGAAGGCAAGAUAUGAUUAUGGAUUAAUGAUCUUCAUAUUAACCUUCGCUUUGGUGGCGGUAUCGGGUUAUCGGGACGAUGAGGUCAUAAAGAUGGCGCAACAAAGGCUAUCGACGAUCAUCAUAGGAAGUUGUAUCGCCAUGAUUAUUUGCAUUUUCAUUUCUCCUGUUUGGAUUGGGGCUGAAUUCCACUUUCUCAUUGCUUCCAACAUUCACAAGUUAGCCAAUUUCUUACAAGGAUUUGGAAGUGAAUAUUUGAAAAUGAAGGAUGAAAAGUCAAAAGAGGAGGAGACUUUUCGUCAACAAUACAAAAGUGUCCUAGGUACCAAAACCACUGAAGAGACCAUGGCAAACUUGGCUUCAUGGGAGCCUAGCCAUGGCAAGUUCAAAUUUAGUCAUCCAUGGAAACAAUACCUAAAGGUUGGAGCCUUAACCCGAAUGUGUGCUUACAGAGUUGAUGCUCUUAACAACUGCCUUAACUCCGACAUCCUACAAGUGGAGACACCAGAAGAAAUCCAAGAAAAGAUGAAGGAAUCAUGCAAAAAAUUAAGCAGCGAAUUAGGCAAAGUGUUAAAGGAGGUAUCUUUGGGGUUGAAGAAGACGAAGAAGACGGCAACAGCAAAAACACAGUUAAGAGAAACAAAAAAAGCAGCACAUGAACUGAAAAUGUUGCUUCAAGAAACAAGUUUAUGGGAAAAAUUCAAUCUGUUAGAUGUUUUACCAGCAGCAACAGUGGCUUCAAUACUAAUUGAUAUUGUAGAUUGUGUUGAGAAUAUCAUAGAAGAGGUUCAUGAGUUAGCUUCCAUGGCAGAUUUUAAGUCCAUGGACAGUGCUGUUUGCCCUGAAAAUCAGCUGUCCCAGAUUAUUGUUGUUGGGGAAGUGACGACGACUGAUAAGAACAAUCAUGGUCCAGAUCUUAAAGGGCCGACGCCUUCAGUGGCGGAACCAGAAAUUAAAAGUUUGCAAUAAAGCGAAUGGAGGAAGACUAUCGAUUGAUCUUUCGUGAUUAUAAUUUAUGUUACUUGGACUCGGGUACUCUUGUCCAACAUGAUCGAGUACAUGCAUGCGUGUGUAUUCAAGUGUUGGAUUCGGCUAUUUUGUGAACUAUUUUCAUGAUUUUGGCUCUAAAUGAAGUGUCUAUAUCUAGGAUCAGGCACGGAUAAAUGAGGUGAAGUGAAGAGUAUGUCUGAGUAACGUAUGUUAUAAUUAUGGAGUUCUUUUGGUUUCCUUACUCAAGAAUAAAACCUUAUGUCGUUAUUGUUA